AUGGGUGAAAAGUAUUACCUCCGUAUGUUAUUAAAUGUUCAACGUGGGCCAUUAAGCUUUAAAGACAUUCGUACGGUUGAUGGUGUUGAGCAUCCAACUUAUAUGUCUGCUUGCAAUGCGUUGGGUUUGUUAGGAGAUGAUGUUGAGUGGGUAGAUUCAAUACGUGAAGCUUCUCAAUGGCAGUUGGGGAAUCAACUUCGUGAUUUAUUUGUUUGCAUUCUAUUGUUUUGUACGGUUAGCAAUCAACGGCGGUUAUUUUUUGAUUGUCUACCUUACUUAUCAGAUGAUAUUGCUUACAAUCGACGCACAAUGCUGCAGAAUGAUGAUGUGGUAUUCACAGAUGAAGAGAUUCUCAAUUAUACAUUGAUUGAGAUUGAAAGAGUUUUAAUUGGUCAUGGUAAAAGUUUAUUAGAUUUUCCUAAUUUGCCUCAAAUUGAUCGUCAAUUGGUUGAUACUAUGGAAAAUCGGUUGAUUAUGGCUGAGCGCACCUUCAAUAUUGAAGAAGAAAUGACGCUUUUUCAUGAUUUAUUUCGUGGAUUGAAUGUUGAACAAAGGGAGGUGUUUGAUUAUGUAUGUGAUUGUGUUGAUAGACGGACGGGUGGUGCUGUUUUUGUUUUUGGUAGUGGAGGGACGGGAAAAACGUAUUUAUGGAAGACUCUCAUUUCCUGUUUUCGUUCACGUGGCCAAAUCGUCUUGUCUGUUGCUUCUUCUGGGAUUGCCUCUCUUCUACUACCUGGUGGUCGUACAGCGCAUUCGCGUUUUAAGAUUCCCUUUGAACUUGAUAAGGAUUCUUGCUGCUCGAUUGAUGUUGGGACGGAUCUUGCUGGGCUGAUUAAUGAUGCCGCGCUUAUAAUAUGGGAUGAGGCACCGUUGCAACAUCGUUAUGCAUUUGAAGCGGUUGACCGUACUUUUAGAGAUAUUUGUCGAAAUAAUAUACCUGGUGCAGACCGUCGAGUAUUUGGAGGGAAAUGUGUCGCUCUUGGAGGAGACUUUCGGCAAAUUCUUCCUGUUAUUCCGCUUGCUCCGCGUAGUGAGAUUGUUGCUUCGGUUGUGAAUAAGUCAUCGACUAUAUGGGGUUCGUGUAAGGUGUUUUCUUUAACGAUUAAUAUGCGGUUGAAUAGUUCAAGUGUUAAUGACGAUGUUGUAAUACAACAUCGAGAUUUCAAUAAGUGGAUUUUAGAUAUGGGGUCUGGUCGUCUUCCUGCAAUUUCGCUAGACGGGGAAGAUGAGAGAACUUGGAUUAAUAUACCUCGCGAUCUAUUGAUUCCUGUUUCAGAUAAUCCUAUUGAAUCAGUUGUUUCAGAUACAUUUCCUAAUAUAGAAGAACGAUUCACUGAUGUUUCUUACCUACAGGAGCGCUGUAUUUUAUCAUCGACUAACAAUGAGGUUGAUACGAUUAAUCUACAUGUUCUUGAUAAGUUGCCAGGUGACAAUCAUGAGUUAUUUAGUCUCGAUUCCAUUUGUGCAAGUACAAAUAAUAUUGAAGAAAUGCAGGCUAUGUAUCCUACGGAGUUUCUUAAUACUUUACAUUUUUCUGGCUUACCGAAUCACAUAUUAAAGUUAAAGGUUGGGGCACCGAUCAUACUGCUACGUAACUUGAAUCUCAAGAAAGGAUUGUGUAAUGGGACCCGUUUAGUGGUUACUCAAAUAAGUCGUCGUGUUAUUGAGGGCGUUAUUAUUACGGGUACGCAUGUUGGAGAAAGAGCUUUUAUUUCAAGAAUCGAUAUGACUCCAACUUCUACAUGUUGGCCUUUCCACUUUAAGAGAAGACAGUUUCCCGUGAAACUAUGUUUUGCUAUGACAAUUAAUAAAAGUCAGGGCCAAACAUUUAAACAUGUUUGUGGUUACUUGGUAAAGCCUGUUUUUUCACAUGGUCAACUUUAUGUGAUUGCCUCCCGUGUUACAUCUCGAUCUGGUCUACGAUUUUAUGUUGAUAAUGAUGGCAAGUGUUCUAACGAAUUAACAAGAAAUGUUGUUUAUAAGGAAGUUUUUUAUAACUUACCUUUGAUGUCAAGUGAUGCAUUGGUCUGA